AUUUCCACCCAGCCCCCUACAUGUCCGCCCACCCCAUGCAGACCCCAAUGCAGAACUUUUUCAACGCCCAGCACGCACCGAACGCGCCCGGUCGACCCGCCUACGCAAUGCACAGGACCCACCCCAGUCUCGCUGCCCACAUGCCAAUGGGCCAGAUGCCCCCACCCAGCGCCGGGCCCAUGACACCUGGCUUCCCUGGCGCUGCCUUCCCCGGACAGCCGCCAUUCGGUGCGACGCCCUUGUUUGGGCGGAAUAGGAGGCGCGGCCAGAGCGUCAGCAUCGGUGGUCCGCCCAAGGCGCCUCUCGGUGGCCCCGGCCGGAAGCAUUCUCCAAAGCCUCCGGUCGUCGUCCCCGCCCCCGUGGUCCAGCAGAAACAGAAGAAGAUUCCUGUCAAUCUGCCAAAGGAGACCGUCCCCGCAUCGGAAGAUGGUGAACCGUCGACGCGCGUAGAGUGGGCGCGUUAUCCGUUGGUGAAGAGCGUGAUGGAGACGGCGGUGGUCGAGCCGCCAGUGUUGACCUCGGCCGAGGUCUUCCCCACCGAAGACCACAGGCGUUCUAUCCCAGAUACUAUCGACGUGUUUUUGCCUGGAAAGCUUGCUUGGGAGACUAUCAAGCGUAGAGAGAUAGAAGAAAAGCUCGAGAAGCUAGGCGUUGAACGAGGGUCAGGCAGCGCAAUACCCACUAUCCAUGCUCCUCGUGGGCGCGCGGCAUCGAUAUCGUCGCCCGCAGACCCAUCAUUGCUGUACUUCAAACUCAAUAAGCUGCAGCAGUCGCGGGGCAAUUCAUCUUCAAACUCGCUUGCCUCCUCUCCCCAGCCGCCUGGUCAAGUGCCUAAUGGCCUCUCACCCUCUCCAGGCGCUGGCGUACCUCCGCGCUUCCAACCUCGUAGCCACGGUCACAGCAUGUCCCUGGCUCAGCCGUCAGCCUUCAGCCAGUCUCCUUCGUUUUACAAUCCCACCGCUUCAUUCAAUCCAUUCGGACCGAAUGCUGUCCUGGGCUCUGAUCAGAUUGAGGGCGAGAUCGAUAUACAGCAGCGUCUUGCGCCGAUCGAGGGUAUCCAUGCGCCCCAGGGACGCGUUCCGUUCACGAUGCCCUCGCUCGCGCCGCCGCCUCUUAGCCGAGGCAGCAGCCGACCCGACUUUGCUCGUGGGUUUGGUGCAGAAAUUCCCGAAGAAGACGAGCAGCAGCUGGAGGAUGACGACGAGGGCCAGGUCAUUGAGAUCCCAGCGCGGAUUCCGACUCACCAGGAUAUCAUCGUGACGACGGAGAUGGACACGACCGCGAUGGGCGAUGGUGAUAUGACGAACGCCGAGGGGUUGACUGCUAAUCAAGGGUUUAUGGACGAGAGAACUGUUCUCGAUGCUGCGCCCAACUUCGAUCCGGAGGUCAUUACCGAGUUUGGUGGCAGCGUUGAGGGCUUGACGCCUAUGGCGCGGAGCAGGAUUCACUCGAGACACGUAUCGGGCUUGUCGAACGCGCUCUCUUUGCACUCUGUUGGUGGAGUUGUGAAUGGGGUAGAUGUCGAGUCGGAGAUGGGCGAUACAAGGAGUGCCGCUGGAGAGCCUGUUAUCGAUGAAGUUGUUGAACGCAGCAUGGAGCACGACGAUACUGUCGGAGAGGAGUGGACUGGUUCUGAGGAUCACCGUACCGAGUUGUCGGAUGAUGAGGAGAGCAUUGGGGAGUGGUCGAAUCCUUCUGAUGAGGAGAGGGCACGACAAGAGCGCGUCCAUCGCAGAAUGCUGCGCCAGAGAAAGCGCGAAAUCGAGAGGCCGAGGCGUCUUCCCAAGUUCCCUUCGCCACCCAGGGGCACGUUCGACUUGCCUGGUCCAAGGGACUAUGAAAUUGUUUCGAAUCCCAGCGAGGAUGGAAUGACGCCUUGGCUCCCCGACUUCCCUGCCCGGCCAUCGUCGACCUCGACUUCUGGUCGCCGCCCGCUUCCACCUCUUCCUCAUUCUCGUGGAACGUCAGUCCAGCUGUCAGCACACGACCCUGCCUUGGCGCAUUCGCGUGCCGGGUCGGAGGUUAAACCACAAUCUCUCGAGAUGACCAAACUUUCCGGUGCCCUAUCGAUGGGAGGUGGACUCAACCCCAACGCGAAGCCGUUCGUCUUUGGCGGUGCCCCCGCCAGCGCGGGCAACAGCCGCCAGGGCUCGCAGUCGUUCGCGCCGCCCGCCCCACCAGCUCCGCCCGCGAUGGGCCACACACGUGUUUCGUCGUUCACGAAGCCGCUCAGCGCCACAGCCUCGGAGUUUAAGCCAACGGGCGCGCUCAACGCAGCUGCGGUCGAGUUCAAGCCUGCGGGCGCAUUCACGUUCAAGCCGCCACCUGGGGUCCCGCAGAUCUCGUUCCUCAAGUCGCCAGAGCCUUCGAGGCCUCUGCCUCUGCCACCCGCGCCGACUGUCAAGCCUUCUCCGGCCCGGGCCCAGCAGGGCCGGGAGAAGAGGCAGCGCAGGGUGUCUGCUGCGUCGCUCACCGAUGUUACCGACGAGGAGGAUGGGGACAGCGGCAAGGAGAAUAUGGCGUCGUUCCGCUUCCCCGCGCCGUCGACUGCGCACGAGUCGCCGCUUAGCAUGCGCCGGUCUGCGCCGGCGUCGCCGAGGGAGCGUGCGUUGUUGGAUGUGAGCAUCGCGACCAGUGGUCACCGUGACGGCGGGCCGCUGCAGACGCUCACUAUGCCGAGCUUGCGCGCCAACUUGCCGCUUGCGCCGCUGGACCAUGACAACUUUGUGAGCGGUCUCGAGAAGGAGUUGUCUGGCGAAGAGGAUGGUGGAGCAGAGGGCGACAUGGAGGACAUGAUGGACGACAUGGAGAACGACGAAAACGUGUUCCGCACAGGCUCGAGCACGAACAUGAGCACGUUGCCGACGAUCGUGCCUUCCAAGAGCAAACGGGCGCCUAUUCCGCUAGACUUCAAGAACCCGAACCCAAGCAAGAGCAACACUGUGCCUGCGGGCCUGUUCAAGGCGCUCAUGAGCGACGAGAAGACGCGCCGGACGGUGCGCUCGCGGCUCGACUCGCGCGAUGUGCGCGAUGUGUUUGAGUCGCAUUCGCAGGCGCCGUCGUUGGACGAUGCGAUUAUGCCGUCGAUCUCGCACGCGCACAGUCGUCAGCAGCAGCGCUAUGUCACGGAUCCGCUCAUGCGGGUGGCGUCGCCCGAGUCGGACGAGGAGGGGCUGUUCUUGCCGCCUUUCCCCCGCCGCUCGUCGUUGCCUACGCUCGGCAGCGUUGGGCACACGUCGGAUCUGUCGAACGCGUCGAUGGCGGUCAACCUUACCAAGCAGUUCGAGUACCAUGCGCUGGAGCAGAAGCUGGAGGUUAUGCUCGACGACCGGUUCCGCGCGUUCCAGCACGAGCUGCGCAAGUUGCGCUUGGCUGGGUCUCCUAGCGGCGGCGGUGUCAACCCUAUUACGCCCGCUACGGAGGACGCGAUUGCGGAGGUGGUGGGGCUGUUCCGCGCGCAGCUGCAAGAGUCCGCUGCGCGUGGGCUCGACGACAGUCAGAUGGACGCGCGGGGCGAGCUCGAUCUCGAGCUUAUCAAGGAUAUUAUUCAGCAGGGCCAUGCGGACGCGCUCGAGCUUCUCCGUGGCGAGCUGCAUAGUAUUGUGCAUCGUGUGGAGGCGCAGGGCCGGCACCCGGGGUCGGGCAUUCUCGACGCGAUGCCGAUGCUUGAGCAGAUGCAUAAUAGGCAUUUGCAGGCGGUGCUCAGCCAUAUUGGCGCGCUCUCGAGCAAGAUUGAUAGCGGGUCGCCGUCGUCGAUGGAGCAGCAGAGGCAGGCAGGGAGCUUAUUCGCGGACCCGUACGAAAGGGAUCUGUUCACGAAGGAGGUUGUCGAUGCGAUUUCGCCGAUGCUGGCUGCGCUCCAGGCGGAGAAGGUGGAUUACGAUUUCCUCACGGAGCAGCUGAGCCAGGCGGUGAAGCCGAAUCUGGCGCAGCUCAUUGAUCUCGCGGCGGACAAGCGGGAGACGGCGGGGCUUAUUGUGGACAGCAUUCUGCCGCUGCUGCCGAGUCUGUCGUCGCUGGACACGAGCGAUCUCGUGACGAAGAUUACCGCGGAAGUGCGUCGGGUUAUUGCGCCGAUUGAUGCGCAUGAGAUCAAGGAGCAGGUGGCGGACCUUGUCGUUGAGCGGCUCGAUUCGCGUCUUGCCGUUCGGGACCGGGCGUUCACUGUCGACGGUGUGGCGAGCAAGGUAUCGGAGCACGUGGCGGAUCUUGUGGGCUCGUUCUCGGAUGUCAGUCCCAAGCUCGAGCGGCUGCUUACCGCGCAGGAGGCUCUUACGCUCAGAGGCGACUCGCUGGUCAGCGCGCAGGAGAAUGCCACGAGCGCUGUCUCGGACCUCAACAGCCGGUUUGCGGACGUUGCGCGUGCCGUCGAAGCCCUGAGGGACGUGCAGCCCGCGGAACCCGUCAAGGACAUGGCCGUCGUCGAAUCUAUGCAGCGCCUCCAGUCUGUCGUCGACUCCGUCCUCAACAGCCAGAACGCGGCGAGCGGCCGGGCGGCGGAGAUUCUGGCUGCGCAGAAGGCGCUGCAGAGGGAGGUGGUGGAGCGGGCUAGUGCGAGCGCUGUGCCGGAGACGUUCACGGCGGCCGUGGGCGCGCUGCAGGCCGCGCAGGCGGAGUUCGCGAUGUCGCGCGAGGCGUGGAAGCAGGAGGCGGAGGAGAUUCGGAAGCUGAGGACGGCGAAUGCGGAUUUGCAGGUGCAGCUCGCCAAGGCGCGUGGCGCGCACGGCCAGAUUCGCGUGGAGAAGGAUAUGAUUGGGGAGAAGCUGAGGGGUGUGGAGCGCGAGCGCGAGAAGAUGUUGGAUGAGCUGGCGGACGCGCGCGAGGCGGAGAAGGCGCGGGCGGGUGAGGUUGCGGGUGGGCAGGAGAAGGCGCGCGAGUUGGAGGAGGCGCUGGCGAAGGCGCUGGAGAGGCUGAAGGCGUCUGAUGUUGCUGCGCAGGCUAACCAGGAGAGAAUGGCUGAGCUUGAGAGGGUGAACAAGGAGGCGGCUGCCGAGCAGGCUUUGAUGAAGUCCAAGGUGGAUGAGCUUCACCUUCAGAAUGUGCUCCUUACCCGAGAAAAAGAGGCUGCUGCCAAGUCUGUCGAAACCCUGCAGAACGAACGCGAGUCCUUACUUGCUCAGCAAAGCCACUGGGAGGAGCUCCACCGCGCCGCCGAACAGAUACAGAUGCUCACGACGCUCAUCGGCCAGGCUGACACCGAGGAGCUCAAUGAUCUCCGUCGCGCCCGCGACAGCAGCAAGGCGCUGGAGACGGAGCACGCCGCGCUGCAGCGCAAAUUCCGCGAUCUCGAGCACAAGUUUGCGAACAAUGAGAAGGUCGUUAAUGCUGCGAGGCAGAACAUGACUCAGGCGCAGCAGCGCUCGAGCGAGUGGGAACGCCGCGCAAAGGAGUACGAGGGGGACCUCGAGCGGACGAGGACGGAGCUUGAUCAGAUGGAGCAGACGUAUACCCAGCUUGAUGCGGAUCAUUCGUUGGCGAAGUUGCAGCUUGAAGAGAAGGAUGCUGAUGAUCGGUUGGCAAAGGAUCGCGAGAGCAAGCUGAAGGACCAAGUCGCAGGCCUCGAGGCCCAAGUUGCCCAGCUACAAGCACAGCUUACCAAGGUUUCAGUCGUAGCCACGAACAGCAGAACCAAAGCGGCCCCCAAUGGUGCCGCCCGCUACCCGAGCGUCAACUCGCGCCAGUCGCCGCCGCGCCCCGACUCGCGCGCGAGCACGGUGUACGGCUCGCGCGCUGGCACGCCCGUCGGACGCCCGGUGAGCACCAUGAACGGCAGCAGCCGCGCGCCGUCGCGCGCCGACACGCCGCCGACGUCGGUGUGGGACUCGAUGCACGCGCCCGGGGCGAGCAUCGCGUCGAGCCAGUAUGUGCCGUCGUCGGCCCAGCCGCACCAGCCGCAGGGGCGGUACCCGCACCAGAGCUUCGCGGCAGUGAAUAGCCAGUAUAGUGUGCCGGGGACGCCGAGGGCGACGGCGACGGCGCCGCAUGCGAGGAGGCCGUAUGGGGCUGCGUUUAGUCGGCCGCCGAUUGCGAGUCCGACGCCGAGUAAUGUAUCGGCUACGCCGACGCAGGGCGACGAUGGGUGGUGGUCGUAGUCGCUGGUGUGGUGUGGGUGAUCUAGAUUGAUGUGGUGUUGCUGGAUUUUUCUGCUUUGCUUUGUUGCUGAAGGGACGCUGUCUGCCUUCUGUGUGUCUGUCUCGGGCUUGUUCUUCCUCCCCUCCGUUAUAGUCUCAUUAUAUCUCCCCCGUGCGCAGAACGCGCGCGAUUUACAGUGUUCCCGAAUUUUAGUUUUUUUUUCUUGGUUUAUCUGCACUUGCUCAUUACUUACUUUUUGCUUACCUACUUACUUACCUACUGUGCCCCGGCCGUACACUAACCUGACAUAACUCAUUGGAUAAGCCAUUUCCUCCGUCCAUAUUCCAUCAGCUAGCUAUAGUUCGUCUUUGAUUAAAUCUCCGUCUCUUUAUAUACCCUCAUUCGUCUGACCGUACUUACACUCUCAUAUGUCUAUGCAUCAUCAUCUACAUUGAUAUUUCUGUGAUCUAAUUAAUAUGACCGUUUAUAAAGUCCUCCUCGUACUCUUCUUCGUCCUCGUCCUCGUCAGACUCAUCAUCUGGCUCCUCAUCGGAGUCUGACCUAUUGAGCUCCUCGUCUAUGUCAACCUCGAUCUCCGGACCCAUUUCCUUCUUCAGUCGCCUCUGUUCAUCC